GGUGUAUGAGGAUUUACUACCAAAGCUGCAAAUGAUCGGAAACAGAAUAACAACUGAUGUAGCUGCUGGACGUCUUGAUAUAACAGGAUUUGUGCUGGAUAACGAUGCGUUUAUAGUUUCUAAUGGAAUUGCAAAGGUUUGCCCCGAAGGAUAUAUCCUGGAUGGAUUCAUUUGCAAGGCUUGUCCUGCCGGUACUUACUUUAAUGCAUCAUCGAAGACUUGUGAACUCUGUCCGAUCGGCAAGUAUGUUGAAAAUUCCGGGAAAUCUGAAUGUGAUUCAUGUCCUCCCGAUCAUAGCACGUUGAAGACAGGAUCAAAAUUCCAUUCAAACUGUACAAGAUUAUGCGAACCUGGUUUUGUAUCUGGAACAACGAUGAUACCUUGUACUGCUUGCCCCCAGGGAUCCUUCCAGUCUGACAAAGGGCAGACGACUUGUGUUCCAUGUCCACCCGGAACAACGACAUCUAGUAGAAACAAUACAUCAUCGGCAGUGUGUCAGCCCUAUGAUAUACAGUUAACUCAAUUUAUCGGCCGACAUGAGGUUUCAAAGUGGUCUUCUCGGAUUGCAGAACCAGUGUUUGUUUUAUCAUUCUGGGUGAAACUGGUUCACGGGUUAGGUCCAAAUACGUCGCUUGCAAUAUCGGAUGGAGAUAAUGAUUUCAUUUAUGUGAAUAUGCAGGAAACCGUUGUGGUGCAAACCCAGUCAACUAAAAUUGAAAUACCCUCAAAAUUGUCGAGCCGGUAUUGGACAAACUUCAUGAUUGAGUUCGACUUUUCCACCUACGAAAUGAGAGCAUACGUGAACAAUAUCACCAUUGUGCAAAAAACAGUUUUAACAGCAAUGACGUCAAGUGACACAAAACUGUUUCUGGAAUCAUCUGGAGAAAUGCAACUGUCGAAUUUUAAAGUAUUUAACAGGACAUUAUCAGUUCAGGAAAGAGAAGAACUUACAAAAUCUUGUACCGUCCAUAACGAUGACCAGGUUUCUUCUUUUAGCGCGCUGUUAAACGAUUUUAUUGAUGGUAUAAGCGUUGUAAUGCCAUCUGAAUGUGAUCCUAUAGAUGAAUGCAGUGAAUUGCCGUGUGGAAACCACACAUGUAUCAACAAAAUGGAUGAUUUUGAAUGUAUCUGCCAAGCGGGUUGGUCUGGAGAUACUUGUAAGAUUCCUCCAGACUUUUGUCAUCAACAUGAAUGUGGAACGCACAGCGUUUGUGUCAAUAUACACACUUCAUACAAAUGCAACUGCACUGACAAUUACUCGGGAAUCUUCUGCCACACACCACCAGUGAAUGGAGUAUGGUCAAUGUGGAAUGAUUGGUCAAGCUGUGAUGCUACAUGCGGUGGUGGAACGAAGCAAAGACAUCGGCAGUGUAUUUACCAAGGAGACGGCAUUCCUGGGUCAUUUUGUCCUGGACUGGCCAAUGAAACUAGGCAUUGUAAUCCUGAAAAAUGUCCAGAAUGUCCUUCGCUCAAAAGAGGGGCUGGAACACGAAAACACUGUGAGACAAAUGAAGUAACAGAAGAGAUAAUCUGCAAUCUUACUUGUGUUAUUGGGACCACAUUUCCGUCUGGCCAGAGACCGUAUGAGUCAUAUACUUGCGGAAGGACAACAGGCUACGUUUGGGAACCAUUUGACGUACUUCCUAAUUGUGAAGAUUACGAUCCACCAACAACUUUGGGAUUUAUGCUGGAAGGCGAAUUCAAUAGUGACUUACCUAUCACAGGAAGAGAUGCAGUCGCAUCAAACAUUGAAUCUGAAACAAAUAUGGUUAACUGCAUUAAGACAAGCAAGUGUCAGAUGACAGUUGACUGGGAUAACAACGCAUCUGAAAGGCAGGAAAGAGCAGCUACGGGAACAUCUUUAAGACUUGUGUUUUCAAGCUCUUUUGAAGGAUUAGAUGACAUGAAUAUCACGCAGUAUCUGACGGACGGAACAGUAAGCUCUGAUCUAAACGAACUACUUUCCACAUUUUCUGACCUACAAGAAUUGUCUGAACGCCUCGAAAACAACAGUGCCGUCAUUUUUACUGUCGAUGUAGACGGAACAGUCUAUUCACUGGAUGAGAGCUCCGUUCAGUCCCGCUUGUCAGUAACGUGCCCGUCAGGUUAUGCUGCAACGGACGGAAUGUGUGUCCAAUGCUCGGAGGGCACUUACGAACACCUGUCAGUGUGUCGAAGCUGUGACCUUGGAAUGUAUCAGUCGUCGAAAGGUCAAACAAAUUGCAUUGUAUGUCCCGAUGAUUUCACAACCGCAACCGACAUGUCUACGGAUGUCUCAGACUGUUCAGUAAAGGUGAACCCAAACGUUGAUACAGGUGAUACAGGUGAUGAUCAAACCAAUUUCCACAGUCAGCCGCAAAGUGUCAAAUGGGGUGUAAUUGUAGCGAUUGUGCUGAGCUGUUUUGUCCUGGUUAUCGCAGUGGUUGCUGCUAGCUGCUUUCUCUACAAGAACAAUGCAGGGCGGAAGAGCAGGGCGGAACAAAGAGGAAGUAAGGCUAGUCUCAACCAAGUCAGCCCAGAGAUACAAGCUACUUAUGUUGUGGAAAAUAGGAUCAGAUCAGAUGUGUCUGGGAUAUCACUUAAAGACAUGGAUCGCCUCCACCUGUACAAUAAAGAUAUUUUUUAAAUAAAAGUAUUAUGUAAAAAUGAAAGAACUCACUUUUAUGUUUGCUAUGCAGUGUAUAGUUUUAGCAGUGUUUAAUAAAGUAGAUGUAUGCUAACAAAAACGUUCAGGCACCGGAAAUUGAUAGGAUAAUGUUACAAAUUGAUUUCGCUUGUUCCCAAAGCUCAAUGAUUAUAUUGGACAUAUUAUGAAGACUAAUGGACAAUA